CGGAACAAAUCGUCCCCUUCUUGCAGGCGGUGGAGGAGAAAGGGUUUGGAUAUGGAGGAAAUGGGGAAGGUGUUCGUGGGGUGGGAGGAGGAGGUGGUGUCGAACGACAAGGGGAGGAGGGUGGUGCACUACUACCUCCAGGACGCCGCCGGCGGGAUGGAUCUGGCGGUGGUGGGGCGGGAGAAGAGCGUGCGCCACAUGUCCUACGCCGUUCCCGGGCAGUUCCUCAGAUCGCUUCUCGCGCUGCGGCCGGACCACCACCUCCUGGCCGCCGCCUCCUCGUCCUCCGGCUGCUCGCCGUCGUCGUCCUCUGGGCUCUCCCUUAGGUGGCGGACCCGGAGGGAGGUCGUCGAUUGGCUCUCUUCCCUCGUCUCAGAUUCAGUAUCUUAUGGAUUGUCUCCUAUGGUGGAUAGAUUUUCAGAUGAUGAAGAUGCUGAACCUACAUAUAUCCCAACUUCCAAGGGUCUUUCAUCAGGGAAAAUGGGACAUCAUUCUAAAGAAUUUUCAUGGUUAGGUUCUGCGUGGAUUUGCAGGAAAAGACGCAAACACUACCCAUCUUUCAGCUGGAAUGGAAUUACGAUCUCUGUUCAUGACUUUGUCCAUGUCAUGACUGAAGAGAAUAAGACACUUGUGGCAUAUGUGGAAGAUCUGUAUGAGGACUUAAGAGCCAACAAUAUGGUUGUGGUACGAUGGUUUCACAGAGCUGAUGAGGUUGGUAUUCUUUUGCCUUCCGAUGUUAAUGACAGAGAGAUUUUCUUUUCUCUCUGUCUUCAAGAUUUCAGUGUUGAAUGCAUUGAUGGAUUAGCUGCCGUCCUCAGUGCUCAGCAUUUUGAGAAGUUUCAGAAUGAGGCAAGGCAUAGCAAUUGGGAACCUUACCUGUGUCAUAGGCAGAUUGACAAUGAUGAUGUCAAACCUUUUGACAUAACUCAGGUCCAGGGAUACUGGAGCCAGGAACUACUUAGGUCCAUGUUCUCAUCUUCACGGAAAUUGAGAUUGAAAAUAACCUGUGGUGCCUCUAGUUUGGAUGGAGAGCGAAAUCACCAUGUUCCCCAAAGUGGACUUAAGAAGAAACACAGGUUGAGUAGUGGGGAUAUUGACUUUGCUGGAACGGUUGCUAGGGAUAUGAACAAGGAAAAAAAAUUGGGUGCCAGCAGUAAAGCAGAAAGACAUAUAACAGGCACCAUGUCUUCUCCUGGUUUCCUCAGGAAGGAGUUGUUUGAGCAAAAUCUCCAGCAGCAGCUAUCUCCAGGAUGCCAUGUUGAAGUGCUUUCACAAGAUAGUGGAAUAAGGGGAUGCUGGUUCCAAUGUGUGAUUCUCAAAAGGCACCGUGACAAGGUGAAGGUCCGCUAUCAAGAUAUCCAAGAUGCUGAUGAAAAUGGCAAUUUAGAGGAAUGGGUUCCGCUUUCCAGGGUUGCAGCACCAGACAGAUUGGGUAUCCGCAUGUAUGGGAGGCCAAUGAUUCGUCCAAAUCCAUCAGAGAGAGGCAGCUUGUCACGCAGCUUUGAUGUUGGGGCUGUUGUUGAUGCAUGGUUGCAUGAUGGCUGGUGGGAGGGUAUUGUGAUUCGUAAACAAUCUGAAGGGCAAAUCCAUGUAUAUUUCCCAGGAGAAAACCAAGUCUCUAUUUUUACUCUCGGUGGCUUGAGACCCUCACAGGAAUGGAUUGGCAACACAUGGAAUUAUAUAAAAGACAGAAAAGAUAUCGUCAGCUCAUUGUUGUCUUGUAUGGAGCGUGAGAAUAAGGAUUCAUUCAGCAAUGAAGGAAUCCCAAUUCAAUCACCAGACACCAAUGGGCUUCCUGGAACAGAACACCUAACUGAAAGCCCUGGACCAGAGAGAACUGUUGCAUGCAAGCUUAUGCCCCCCCAUAGAGAUCCAUUGAUACCUAAAGCUGGAGAUGUGUUAGACCUUGCUAAAGAAUGUUAUCUGGAUGGCUUGAAAUGGUGUUCGUCAAAGAAAAGGAAGAGAAGAAGAGAAUUGGCCUGUGAUGGUCCAGAUCGUGGUAAAAGGCGAUGUGAAGUUCGCAGCUGUAGCAGCCGAGAGGAAGAUGAGCAGUGUAACGCUUGCAGGGUGUUCAUGUUGCCCGCAUCAUUGAAAGUAGAUCAUGAGAACUGCAAGAUUGGAGGUGAUCCUUUGUUUAGUGCACCCAUGACAAUUUCAAGCUUGGUCAUGUCCAGAUGAAACUUGCCAUGAUUGUAUAGUUAGUUUGGAGAAUGCUGACUGUUUUUGAAGAUUUCAGGAGCAGUGUGAUAUCCGUGCACCCUAUGCUAUUUUUGUCCAAGGUUGCAAGGAUGAAAUGAAGCCCUUGGAGCCUACACAGCUUCAAGUCAUUGACCCCAUUGACGACUAGGGAACUGGUGUAUUAUGCUGUAUUUAUUUGUAGUCUAGAAUUUCUUACAUAUCAUGGGGGACUGUUGGCUGGUGGAGGUGAUAAAGAUUUUAGAGUCAGAUCCUUAUAGGGAAUCCUAACCAAAGUUUUCCUGGCCAUAUCAUUCCAGAUGAUACCUCAUUUCCAUUUUGUUCUCUCUCUGGCUAUACCUCUAUUUUGUUGUAUUUUUAAUGUUAACUUAUAGGCAUAGUAGAUGUGCGUAUGAAUGAUUUCAUUUGUAUCUCCAAAUAAAUAAUGAUAAUGUCUACCUUGAGGUUCGCUUGUGUUGCA